AUGGCCUCCAAAGCCAAAUAUCAGCCCGCGCCGCAACGCGACUCGUUGGAUGGGUACAACUACCCUCAACCACCCCCAAGCUACGACACCGCAGGCCCCAGCCUCAAUCAAGGAGGAUACGGCACUCCUCGAGCAGAAGAUGACAAUGUCCCCGAUGACUUCAAGUUUGGUGGUUCGGUCUACGAAGCCACGCUCGAGAUCCGCAUGGCCUUUGUUCGCAAAGUCUACACCAUCUUGACCAUUCAACUUUUCCUGACCGCGGCCCUGUCAUGCCUCUCCUUCUACUCGUCCGGCUACCGCAACUGGAUUCAGUCCAACUCGUGGAUGAUGUGGAUCUCUCUCUUCGGCGCCAUCGGCUUCAUGCUCCUGACCUUUUGGAAGCGCAAGAGUUAUCCUCAAAACCUGAUCUUCCUGACCGGCUUCACCGCCCUGGAGGCGUACAGUAUCAGCGUCAUAACGUCCUUCUACGAAAGUCGCAUCGUCCUCCAAGCGCUCGUCAUCACCAUGGCCAUCUUCGUGGCCCUGACCCUGUUCGCAUGCCAGACCAAGUACGACUUCACGAGCUGGAUUCCAUACCUCUUUGGCGCAUUGUGGAUCCUCGUAAUCUUCGGAUUCAUGGCGGCCUUCUUCCCCCGAAACUCCACGACCGAGCUCAUCUACGGUGGUGUCGCGGCCCUCAUCUUUAGCAGCUACAUCCUCGUCGACACCCAGUUGGUCAUGAGACACUAUCAUCCCGAAGAGGAGAUUGCCGCCAGCAUCAGCUUGUAUCUGGACAUUCUGAACUUGUUCCUCGCCAUUCUGCGCAUCCUGAACAGCCAGAACAACAACUAG